CUCGUAUAAUACUCAUAAAUAGUUACAUUUCUUCUUCGUUUGGGAAUAAAAAAGCAGCCAUGACUGGAGGUUCUUCUUCUUCCUUGAAUACCACCCCUGUUUGCCAUGACGGAACAGGAAAUCCUUGUGAUCAGCUCCCUGCUCUGCAAAAGCAUGUAAUGUUUUUUGAUAUCAACCAAGAUGGAAUUGUUUAUCCAUGGGAAACGUAUCAAGGUUUUAGAAUACUUGGAUUUGGGAUCCCACUAUCAACUUUUGCAGCCUUGUUUAUUAAUAUUGGGCUCAGUAAGAAGACUCGACCGGGCAAAUGGCCAUCUCCUCUCUUCCCGAUUGAGGUGAAAAAUAUCAAAUUUGCGAAACGCGCUAGUGACUCAGGCGUAUUGGAUUCAGAAGGAAGGUUUGUUUUGUCAAAGUUUGAGGAAUUUUUCAAAAAACACGCACGAUCAAGUGCAAAUGGUUUCACAUCGAAGGACUUGGAUCAAAUGCUCAAGGAAACCAAGAAGCCUAACGACUUUAUGGGAGGGAUUGCUGCAUUCUCUGAGUGGAAAGUGUUUUAUUUGUUAGCCAAAGACAAGCAUGGAUUUCUGACAAAAGAAGCUAUAAGAGGAGUUUAUGAUGGUAGCCUCUUUGAAACAAUUGCCAAAGAACGCGCAACCAAAUAAUGUGACAUUUGAAGACGUGAUAACAAUUCACAACUUUAAAAUGGCCGGGUCUGUUUGUAUCAUUCGAUCAUACUGGAUGGAGUUGUGGAGAAAAUAAAUUAUACUCCGUAUAUUGCACAAUACAUAUUAAUAUAUUAUUUCACUUUUACGUUUCAAUAUACUUCGUACUCCGUAAAGGAUUGCAUAUGUACACUUACAAAUACACUUUAUCUACUUCGUUCAAAUUUCAAUGUACUCUACUUAUUCAAAUUGAUAUUUCAAAAUUUUAAUUUGUUAUUAGGUCGUAUGUGGUUGGGCUU